AUGCUUCCCCCGCCUCUCGCGGGCCCCCCCCGCGCCCCUGGCCCUCCGGAGAGGGACGGGAGCGGGACGCUCGGCCUCUCCCAACUCCAAGAUGGCGGCGCCAGCUUCAACGGAACCUCUCGCGGUAGCGGCGCGCACCGCGCUCCGCCCAUUGGGCGCAUCGGCGCGCAGGGUGGGGCGGGGCCUUGUUCGGCGGGCUCGCCAAUCCGGCCGCCUCCUUUCCCUCGCUCCGCCCCCUUUUCCGAGCCGUGCUCCGCCCACAGCUCGCCCGCACCCACAGCUGGGCAGCACCGCCCACACUCACAGCGGGGCAGCGCCGCCCACACCGCACCGAGCCCACAGCGGGGCAGCACCGCCCGCACCGCACCCACAGCUGGGCAGCACCGCCCACAGCUCACCCGCACCCACAGCUGGGCAGCACCGCCCACACCGCACCCACAGCUGGGCAGCACCGCCCGCACCGCACCCACAGCGGGGCAGCACCGCCCACACCGCACCGAGCCCACAGCGGGGCAGCACCGCCCACACCCGCACCGAGCCCACAGCGGGGCAGCACCGCCCACAGCUCACCCGCACCCACAGCGGGGCAGCACCGCCCACACCCGCACCGAGCCCACAGCUGGGCAGCACCGCCCGCACCGCACCCACAGCUGGGCAGCACCGCCCACAGCUCACCCGCACCCACAGCUGGGCAGCACCGCCCACAGCUCACCCGCACCCACAGCGGGGCAGCACCGCCCACCCGUCCGCACCAUGUGGGCAGCGCCGCUCCCCUCCACAUCCACAGCGUGGCAGCGCCUCCGGCCCCGCCGGGCACAACCCCGGGCCCGAGGGCUGCGCUGCGGCCCUUCCUUCGCCGAGGGGAGCCCGUCAGGGCCUACUCCGGCCGCGCCAGGCCCGAAGUCUUGGCCGGGGAUGGCUGCCCUAGCCGGCAGGCAGGGCUGCCGUCGUGCGAAGGGGUGUGCACAACGCGGCUGUCACAGGGACAGGAAGAAGCUGGCGCGGGGGAAAGGCGAAAGAAAACAACGGGAAGACCACAUUGCCAAACACACAGUUGCAUUGAGGACAUGUAAAACAACUCCGUGUCGCUCCCCUAAACGUAGUUCGCAGGUACGUCGGCAAGCAAAAUCACUAGUCCUCGACACCUGCACUAUCCUAUGCCCAUCCAUCACAGACGCACCAGCACCUGCCCCAGCAGCCGCCACGCGAUCCCUUGCUCGCUUUUCCCCUGAGGACUCCCCGUCCCCGGGCCGGAGUGAUGGCCCGGAGAAAAAUUCCCCCGUUCCCGGACGAAGGCCCCGGCACUGCCCUGUUUCCCACACCGCAGUCGCGGGGCGAGUUUCCGAGGGGGAGGAGCAGCGCGGGUUCCCCACGGACACCCCACCGGGAAGCCGUUUCGCGCAAGCCCGGCGGGCGGGGGAAGGAGCGGGCGGGGGGGACCGGCGGCAGCAGGGAGGCGGUGACGGCGGGGCGGGCAGCGGGCCCGGGGCGUGGCGCGGGUCCGGCGGCGCCGGGAGGCGGCUCAGUCCCCGCUGCCAGCCGAGGGCGGCCGGCCCCGCCGAGCAGCCGCCCAGCCCGGCCCGCCCCGCGCCGGAGCCGCCGCCGGCCGGCGAGGGCGGCAGCAUGAGCGGCGGGCGUAGCGGGCGAUCCGCCGUGAAGAUGGAGGCGCCGUUUUACCCCGAGGAAGGACUGGAACUGCUGCCCGACUUCGUGCCGCUACCGGGUUUCGGUACCGCCGGCGGACCUGGAGCCGAUGCGGCGGCGGGGCAGAAGCUGCUGCUGGGUGCCGGGAAGAAGCGGGACCUGCCGGCUGCCGCCCCCGCGCCGCUCCCGGGGCCCUUCGCCCUUCGCCCGCCUGCCGGCGCCCGCGGCAGCGCGGCGGCUCUGCGCUUGCUGCCGCCGCCGCCCGCCGCCGCCGCCGCCCCGCCGCCCACCGCGGGCUCCGCGGAGACGGGGAGCGGCGGCGGGGCGGCGGCGGCCCGCGGCGGUCCGGAGGCCGCGCUGGGGUCGGCUGCGGAGCUGCCGCUGCUGAAGCUGCCACCGGCCGCCGACCUGGAGCAGCUGCUGAUCCAGGGGGGCGCGGGGCUGGGCGCGGGCAGCCCGGGGCCGACGGCGCCCGGGGCGGGGAGCGGCGGGGCGGCGGCGGCGGGGCCGUUCCUCUACCGGCAGCCGGUGACGCAGGAACAGGAGGGUUUCGCCGACGGUUUCGUCAAGGCCCUGGCCGACCUGCACAAGCAGAACCAGCUCCUGGCGGCACCGCCGCCGCUCUCCGCGCCGGGACCCUGCUGCACCGCCCGCCCGGGGCCACCGGGAGGCCCCGCCGCUGCCGCCGCCGACCCUCCGGCCGUCUACACCAACUUGAGCGGCUUUAACCCCGCGGGGCCGCUGAGCCCCUCGGGCAGCGCCUACCCCUCCGCCUCCGCCCCGCCACCGCCGCCGGGCCUGGCCUUCGGGGCCGCGGGUCUGGGAAGCGGCCGGCUGCCGCCGGCGCGGUCCCUGGAAGAGCCGCAGACGGUGCCCGAGGUGCCGCCGUCGGCGGGCGGGGAGGGUGGCAGCAGCGCGCCGACGCCGCCGUCGCUGUCGCCGCUGGACGCGGAGAGCCAGGAGCGGCUGAAGGCAGAGCGCAAGCGGCUGAGAAACCGCAUCGCCGCCUCCAAGUGCCGCCGGCGGAAGCUGGAGCGCAUCGCCCGCCUGGAGGAGAAGGUGAAGGCGCUCAAGGGGCAGAACGCCGAGCUGGCCGCCACCGCCAACCUCCUCCGCGCCCAGGUCACCCAGCUGCAGGGUCGCGUCCGCAGCCACCUCUCUUCUGGCUGCCACAUCAACGCCGCCGGGCAUCCUCCUCCUCCUCACGCCGCCGCCCAGCCGCGGGAGACUCCCCCCGAGGCGGCCGCCGCCGCGCCGGAGACCAGCGCCUGCUGAGGAGGGACACCCCGCCGGCUCCGGCCCCAGCCCGCCCGGGGGCACCGCGGGGCCAAGGUGCGCGCCUGCUGCCGCCCUUCUGCUAUUAUUAUUAUUUUUAUCAUUAAUUAUUAUUAUUAUUAUUAUUAUUAUUAUUAUUUAUUUGCGCCUGGAGACGGCGGUUUUUUUUGCGGGAGCCGGGUGUUGCUAAGCAUUUCCCGAGUUCUGUUGAUGUCGCAUUCAGCAGCGAGGGUCUCCGUGGGUGGUUCUGGGGCAGGUGGUUGUUAAUUUUUCAGUGAAGUACUUGAGGUCUGUAGAGAUUUCCGAAAAUAAGAUAAUUACUGUUUACAGAAAGAUUCAACUUUAUUUUCAUGGGGGAUAUAAAACGUGUGUUUCCUAAUACACCUUACUGAACUGUAUAGCAAUGGAUAAGCUUUUCAAACUUAAAAAAAAUAGCCAGAGUCGUACCUUUUGAAAAGAUGUGCGUGUAUAUAUAUAUUUAAAACAUAAUAUGGCUAUGUAUAUUUUCUUGGUAUUGAUAAAGAAUCUUUUUUAAAAUACUGUCUUUCUCUAGAGCUUUAAUUUGCCAUUGAGAGUUAAGACAGCUGUGUGGGUGCUCUUGCACUUACAUGGCUUUGAUUUUCAAAUCAAACCCUGGAGGGAAAUGAUUUUUGUUGUAAAUCUUAAAGCAGAUUGAAUUGCAUUGCUGACUCAGUCAUAGGAAAAUAGUUUUCUAAACCUGUAUGCUCCAUAUUUCUUGUGCCAGUGCAAACUUGGGGCAUUGAUAGUUAUUUAUUGAAACUUGAACACUUUUUGGAUGUUGCCUAGACCUUAUUUUUCUAGAUAACAUGUUAGUAGAGAAAAUGGUUACUUUGGCAAAAAGAGCUUUACUUUUCUUUUUUCCUUCACUGUGUACAUUCCAGUAGUGUGUGCUCUUUCCAUAGUAUAGUACCAAUUCAGUGCUAUACAGAAAAGGGCUCAGAUUUGGGGUGGGUUAGCUGUAAAGGUGAUAAUUCCAUUGUAUUCUGUUUGAAUAAAUCACAGAAAUAUUAUGGAGAACUAGAUUUAUUUUUCAGUAGAAAUCUGUGUAUCUUGCUUCUUGGUCUACUUUGUUCUAAAGAAACUUUCUGCAAUACUCUAGAGACAGAGUCAAUGCUAGAAUGUGAAGUGUUUUUCUGGUUGGGAAGAUUCGGUGUGAUUUAUUUCUUUGUCAAGAAUUUACUAGUAGAAGAGUAUAGCAAAAGAACUACUUCUUCUGAUUAGACAUAAUCCUCAAUAAGUUUUUGAAAGCUUUAGGUCCCUUGCUCGGUGCCACUGCCUUCCAUGCUUCUGCUGCACCUGUGUUUUUCGAGCAUAGCCGCUAGCGCAGCGCUGCCGAGCCCUGUGGCAAUGGUGCGGUGGGAAGGGUCUGUCGGAGUGUGACGGUCACCUCACCAGAAGCCCCUCUGUGCGGAGGCCGCGGGCCGGCCCUGCCGCUGGGGAAAGGCAGGGCUUCUCCUGAGCAGAUCCAGCUGCAGUGUGGGGCCCUCUUCUCUCGUUGAAACUGUGCUAAAAACUCUGCUUGAACUCAGAGGCAAAUCUUUCAUGGGGAUAUGUGUCUGUGCCAGCUGGUGAAAAAGGGGUAUGAGGAGCCGAGAGGGCAUAGACGUCUCUAUGUGUACAGCAAUUGCUCAGAUCUGUUAAAGCCAUUCGGGAGCUGGUAAACAUCUCUUACCUCUUCUGAAGGCUACAGCUGAUGAUUUGCAAUCCAGCAAGAAUGGGAUAGACUCACGGUUUUUCAUGCUUUUACUGGGGAUAUGUGAGUGCUAUCUGUUCAGAAAGUUGAGCUGCAGCAAUCAAGUGUAUGAGCUUUUCCUUUUAGUGCAGUCAUUCCUGGCACAUGUAUGAAGUUAUAUGAGAAUGCGUAGUUAUGCUGUUACUGUAGCUGAGAUGGCUCAGAGGAUAUUUCUUAAUGCAUAUGCAAAUUAGGUAGAAGCCAUAUUAAUAAUUGUAUAACUGUUCGAUCAUGUCACCAGAGCCUUUUUUGGUGGUUGAAAUUAUUGCCUGUAACAGUACAUUCUGCUGUUAGAAUUACUAAUGAGCAGAUUUAAAAAUAUUUUGAUCUUAACACAGGUUCAAAGACUUCUUAGGGGCAUUCUGAACCAUACUGCAUACAAUCUGUAGCACUGCCUGUUACAUAAUAACUGGGUGAAAAAGGUUUUUUCUUUGGUAGUUGUCAUCUGCAAAGAUGCUGCAAGUCUGGAGAAACUGAUAAAAAACUUCUUUCCCCCCACACUUAACACUUUUCCGUAGUGAGAAAGGUAGAUGUGAGAUACUUUACUGCAUAUGUAAUAAGGUGGGGAUUUUUCAAGGAAUCCUGGAAGAAAUUGUAAGAAUUUUUGGGUGAGCAUCUCUACUUUGGUCUUUGUAAAUGAGUGUAGGGCUAGGUAAAGGACAACAAUAAAUGCAGCUGUGUAAUGCUUCUUUACUUAUUUGUGAUUUCUGCUCAUAAUAAAUUAGCAAUAUCCAAGCAACAUAGGGGAUCCAUAAGGCGUGGGAAAUCACUGCAGUUCCCCUUCCCAGACACAGGCAAGGCUCUAGAGGGCUAUAGUCUAGCAGGGUUGCAAUGAGCUCCCCCUUUUCAGUAUGGUAAUGUUAAAGCUGAAAACCACCCCUCAUUACCUCACUUGAGUUUGAACUGUCUGCAAGAGCAGUCUCAUACGCAGCAUCUCAAAGACCUCAUACGGUAACUUCUUUGAUAGCCUGCUUUCUGUUCUAGCUGACAUCUGUUCAGUGGUAGAAGUGGUGACAGGCCAGCUCUCUUACCCUGAUGACUGAUGAGAGAUUACUAGUGAGGGUGGCAGCUUCAGCUCUCUGCCAGAGGCUACUGUUCUGCUAGUGGAGUCAUCCAAAAGAUAUAUGUUUUCUGUAGAGUGAUCAGUUACCUUCAUAAAUGCCUCUUUUAUCUGGCAUUUAGGCUGAGAAACAGGAGCUAACAGUGACAUGACCAAAAUAGUGUUGGGGUAUCUGUUUGGGUUUUUUUCCUACUUGGACUGGUUAUGCUAGGGUUGCUGCAUUUUUUGCAGAUUUUGAGUGGAAAACCUAAGAACCUAACACUUUAAUAUAAAAAGACUCAGGAGUACUUACCUGCUGCAGCUAUCAGACUUGAUUGUUCCUGUCUUCUAAAACAUAUCAAUACUCUGACUUUUAGCCCUGCAGUGUUCCUACACCUUUAAAUAUAGCCUCUAUUUUGUCUUUUUUCUUCAGUUUGUUGUUAAACAUAUGUGUAUUUUGGUUUUUUUUUCUGCUGAAAAUUUUGGUCACUGUGAGACAUUAAAAGAAAGAUACUGGGUAAAAAAUUUUAAGACUGUUUAUAUAAUUUGCAUCCAUGUAGCUCCUUUUCAGUAACUUCGAGCAAGUUGGCUCUGUGUUACUGUAAGGGAAAAAAAAAAAGAAAAUUACCAAAACCCCUCAAAAACAAAAUCCAAAAAAAGCAAACAAAAAAAUUAAAAUCCCAAAAUAAAAUAAUUAUGUUCGCUGUUAGCUCAGUGCUGUUUAGCAUUUUUUUCAUUCUUUAAAACUACCAUGCUUUGUUAUACUUGUGCACACUAUUUUCUAGUCCUUGCAAAGACUCGUGCUGCAUGACUUGAUUUGCAGGCUACCCUCAUGUCCUUCCAGUCUGGUUUUCAGUCUAGAUGUGAACCCAUGAUAAACAUCCCUCUGUUUAUUUGCCCCAGGUGUAAUCUGCUCUGGAGACUAAAUAGUCUCCUCCUUUGUCUGUUUUGGUUGCUGGAUGCUUGCUUCUGUGCAUAUAGUUUUUUAAAUUUGUGAAUGUGCUUGAACUAAUAUCUUGGUUUAGAUGUGAAGUGCCUUCUUAUUUAGGUGCUACAGCAAAAGAGUUUGAUUCAUAUAUGGAUUUGAUUUAUUUGACUUGUUGUCAGAUCUUUUCUGUCUUGGGAAGUAGGAGGGGGAAUGUUUUCAGUAGGAGAAGACAUGUUCACUCCUUCCUUGGGCAGAGGGUGGAGCCCCCAUCAGAUCUGGCGCUGCUUGAUGUGAGUGCAAGGAAGCCACUCUGGUAGCAUUGACUUAAAUGAUGCCAUUGCUAAGAAAGUUGAUUGGUUUGGUCUCCAGUGUAGUUAAGUCUGUUGGAAUCACAAGGUCUCCAGAGAAGUCCAAGUAGCUGGUGAGUUGGUCUUAAAACUUGUAAUGUGAUUCCAGGUCGAGCCCAUUUGGUAUGCUUAGAGAGCCUUUCCAAAAGCAAAUACUUUGCAUACUUUGAGAAUCAUAGGUGUUUGGACAUGAUAAGUCCUGAUCAUGGUGAGCAGUGAUUUUGGUGGUGAUGGUCAUGUUUUCUGUUAUAAGACCUUGAUGGUCUUCCAAAAGACAAAUAUCUCAACACAUCUGGACUCUUCACCGUUUGUCAGUAGUCACUACUGACUAUCAUGCUCUGUUUGAGAUCAAGGGUGGAUCUAUGACAGUUCUCUAUCAUCUUGGUUUGUAUUUGUAUCUUUACAGAAGAAAGAGUCAUGAGGCAUCCUUCAUUCCUUAAACUAUCUGAUUGACUCUCUGUCCCACCUUUGACAGAGGAGUGACCUCCCCAGGUUAAGCCCUGAGGCAUUCUGCAGUUUGCAGCUGUUAAAGUGGAAAUUGAUUUGGCAACUAAUUUUUAAUCAGUUAUAUAAGUUGAUGCUUCCCAAAAUACUGAAUAGUAUUGUUUGAUAGUGUCUGAAGUACAGGUGUAUGCCAGGUCGGAAUUACUAGUUGUGCUGAAAAUAACAUCUUGGCUGCCAUAACUGGAGUCUUAACUAUUUGAAUCCAGUGGCUUCUUAUAGAAAAUUUUUCUAUAUAUGAGACUAAUAUGCAAGAGGAAAAGAUCCAUCUGCUUGUAACAUAAGUCAUUCUUUGAUGCAUUUUAUGUGUCCUGCUUCUGGAGUGCAAUUUAAAAAAGGAAAAGCAAUGAGUAACAUUUUACUUUAUUCAUAUGUGCAGCUGUAAGUGCUGCUGGAUAAUUUUGCUCUUUCCUUACUUGAUUCUCCAAGUUUCUAUGUUUAGCAAGUAGACAAAUAGGAGUAUGACAUAUCUGUGUGCAUCUUUGUUUUGUACAAAAUCACUUCCUUUUUUCCAGGUUAUUUUUGAAGUUUUACUGUAAGAAUGAGUGUUGAAGAGUUCUUACCCUGUUUUGAUGCUCAUUGGUCACUUCUUUUGAUCAGUAGUGACUCUGAGUCACUGCUCAUCUUCCAGCAGAGGUGGACAUCUAAACCCAGUAAAGUCUGUCAGGGAUUCACCUCUUUCAAUAUUUGGUAAUACCUGUAUCAGCAGAAAAAAUCUUGGACAUAAAACUUUCACAGUGCAUAGUAAUCCUGCAAAUGUUAACUCAUCCUUCUCACACCACAGUCACUUGCAUCAGGGUUUAGUGUAUCUGAUGAAGAACGAUAAAUGUUCCUGUGACAAAGUGCAGGAUCUGAAGUUUGUAAGAACCUUGUUAAUCUUGCUGCAUAUGGUGCAACUCCACUAUGAAGAUGUUGAAUUAAAUCUGAAUGUAUGGAGACUCAGGCCUUUAUGGUAAAUUAUGGGAGAGAAGAGUUUUUAGUAAUUCUUGAUUACUCCUCUCCAGCGUUUCAGAGAUCUGUUUCUUUUUAUCCUAUGAAGUGUCUUGCAGCUGUUUGUGCUGUGAAACUUCUCUCUUCAUAAAGACUCCGUUGCUUGGAAGCAACUUCUCCAUGAACUGGUCAUGUGUGACAAGCUAAAUGCAGGUUCUGAGAAACAGUGCAACAAUGAGUGCACAAUAGAGAACCUGCUGUUGUUUGUGUAUUGCUAAAAGAGUCUAGAAAUGUAUUCACAUAAAUCAAAACAAGAGUAGCUUUCGGAGGCACCAUCCUGUUGCCUUGCUAAGGGCAUUGAUCCUCGCUGUUUGCCUUAGUCUGGGAGCACUUUGUCUUAAGCUGUUGCAUACCUGAAGGCUUACUUUCUGCAUCAAUGUAGUCACAAACCGGAUCUCUGCUUGAAUGCUGAAACAGUUAGCUUCAAAUGGCUCAGUCAGAAUGCCUUGCUCUAGUUGUCUCCGAAGGGUCCCACUGGGGAAACAGUGUUGGGGGGAAGGAAACCAAUGAAGGAUUGUAUCUUCACACCAGUGCUGAGCAUUGAAAUGCAACUUUCAGUUGAGUAGUCUUGACAAAAGUGUGUUGCUGAUGUAAAAACUCUGAAUCUUGAUCUUGUGUCUGCAGGGGACAUGAGUUCUUGUGCUGGAGUCCUGCUUGGGCGGUAUCCUCUCAAGUCAAUGAGGACUAACUGAAGAAACAACAAAUCCAGCCUUUAUGAACUAAUUCUUCUGAAGCACAGAUACCUGGAAAUUCAUGUCAAGGUGUUGUGUAUAGACAUCAGCAUACAUAGGAGAAGGGGAUGGCCAAAGGAAGGAACUGGGAUUUUCUUAGCUGCAACAGUACACAGUGGGGUUUUUCAUAUGCUUUUGUUGUGGUCAAAUUCUUCCAAAAGAAGACUAUACUGCAUUUCUGUGUGUGAUCACAAGGUGAUGUUUUUUUUAGAUUUCCAGUUAAAUUGGAGCUCUGUCAAGCUUUGCAAUGCUAAAUUAACACAAAAAGAGAACUUACUUUGAAGUCACAUUUAGCCUUAAUGCUAUCUGAAAUGCUGCAGUUCAUGUGUAGUAGUUUACUACAAGGUGAAAUUAUAAUUAUCAUAAAUAAUGUUUUAAAGUAGUCACCCUAAAUAAUUGCGUCCGUGAUGUCUGCUUUUUUGUCUGCUGUCAAAGUAUCUCUGUCCAUAGCAUAGCUAGCUGUAAAUGGAGCUUUGCAAUCAAUUUCUAGUACUAGUAACAAACAGGGUCUGCAAUAGUUUGAGGAGUAAAUGUUCUGGCUAAGUGUUCUGGCUAAAGAAUGACCAUUUCUGUAAGAAUGCUUUGAAGUGAUGGUUGGGUUUGGAGCCUUGCUGACAUGGAGAUAAUAGAUAUGACCAGUUCACUGUGCACUAAUACACUGCUAGAUUCUAAUAUUUAGCACACUGCUGACAAGAUUUACUACUACUUACUGGUUAAGAACCAAGUAUGGGUGGAAUUGUAAGUCACCUAAAUAGAGUCCAUACAGCCUUGGAGAGCUGUCUUGCUGGAGAUCAGUAACAGACUCUCAUCCCAUACAAGGGGGAGGAGAAAAAUCAUUGGCUGCAGUCUCUGUUUUGGUUUUGCAAGUUCAAUUACUUUUUUAAGUUGAGUCCUGUUUUAUCUCAAAAUUUAUUUGAAUAAAUUUGAAAACCUUUCUAAUAAGUACCUUGAAGCACAUCUUGCAACUGUUCAAUUUCAAUCACUGGUUGUCCAAUUGUGGUAUUACUUCUGUCAUACAUGAAGAAACCUGAAGCUUUUAAGAGUCAGGCUUCUUACUGCAUCCCUGUUCUUAAACAAUGGUCUGAAUAGGUGAAAAAUCAUCAAAUAGCUUGAACUCUGAGGAGUUGUUUGAUACAAUUUUCUUGUCCUCUUCAGACAGCUUCCCACUGCCCCAAGGGAUGUGUCCCUCCUGCCUCAUAUGGAAAAUUGACCUUUAAGAACUAACUGUUUUAAAAUAACUAACUAAAUGACUAACUAAAGAUAGUCUUCUGGUACAUGCUGAGUAAUUUUAAAGAUAACAUACUGAACUUGAUAAUCUUUCCCACACCUCUGUUUCAAAAAUCUUCAGAUUUUCUUGUAAAGCAGGACACAAGCAAUGGAGUAGUGUGAAAUAAAGUUAGUGUGGUGUUCCAGAGAAUGUAUUUUGGAUAGUCUCCUUCUUUUUCCCUAGUAACAGCUAUGGAAAGAGAGUAGUAGAAGAUACUGAUACAUAACUUGCUGUUCUUCACAAGUAGAGACAGAGUUUGAAUUCUUGGAUUUUUCCAACUUUUACCAUUCUGUUUUUUAAUAUCCUUGAUGGGAGGGUAACAUAAAUAGUGAGGAAAUACUGUUAGGGAGGUAAAUGUUUUUGUUAUAUCUAAUGUCACGUAAGUUAUGGCCGUAAGUAGCUCGGACACCUUCAGAAUAGGGAUUCCUAAAAUGCUGCCAAAGUGUUUUUAUCAAUCCAAACCAUUUUGUGCCAGUUACUAAAAUGGUAUUGUAAAUCCUUGUGAUUUUUGACAGUCUUUGUGUGCACCCUGUAAGUGAAAUCACCGUACAAGCUGGUAUGUCCACAUGCUAUGAUACCAGUUUCCCAGCAGGCCAGUAGUGUCUAAUGAAGUUUAUGUCUUUAUUCCUUUCCCCACUGGUAGUAGUUAGAGAUGAUGGUUGAAGUUAUCAGCACAAGGAAAAAGAAAAAAAAAUUGAAUUCAAGGAAAAAAAUAAUACUUAUCUCUGAAACAGUAUUUAAUGGUAGUAUUUGUAGUAUGUUUAAAUAGCAGAUAAUUAGGACUGCUCUUCAGAAUGCUUUGUAGCUUUGUUUUGUUAUUACUGCAUAAGUGUCUUCUAAAUGUCUCUUCUUUGGAAACUGUGCCUCUGCCUGCUUGGCCUGAUGACUAGUGAUUUCACACGUACCCUUAUUUAUUUAAAGCCAUGGCAACCACCAUACUGAAAUGUCAUCAAGUAAAGCCCAGGUCUGCAUGCUGACUGGUGAUACAAAGGUCUGCUCUCUAAUAAAAUGCAGCCCAUGAAGGACGAGCUCCAAAAGGCAGCUACGCCCUGUCUUCAAGCAUUUGCUCUAAUUUCAAGGCUUUGCCAUGUGGUGUUGCUCAAUGUGCAGCAAAACAAGUUCUUGCAAGCCCCUUGAGCAUUCCUCCAUGUGUAACAGAUUAAAUAUUCAGGCUUUGUUGACUCUCCCACAUGCCCCCCAAGGAAAAAAAAAAACCAAACCAAAUCAAAACCAACAGAAUCAAACCCAAACCUGAAACAAAAGACCCAACACAGCUGUAAAUUGGAGAAUUUUUUUGCUUUGUUGCAAAGCGCUGUUAAUUACAGAGACGCUUAGUGCAGUUCUGACAUGUGAGCCAUCAAUCUAAACACUCCCAACAGUGAUUUUGCUUUGGUUGUGCUUUGCUACUUUGUACAGGACAAAGGGAAGGCAGUAAGUGUUGCAAUAUAGUAUUGUGCAAUUCCUGACUUUUAAAUAGAAAAUGAUAGGCAAGUCUGCAUAGUCUUGCACACCAAAAUUUAGCCACUGAUUUUUGCCACUCCCACUCUUCCUCAUCAGGAAUACCGGCUUCUUAAGGUCAAAAAGAGAGAAGGGGAGAAGGGUAGAGAGAUUAAGAAGUGGCAGUAGGUAUCUUGCUGUGAAGAGCCUUGGGCCUCCUUGGCCUUAAAACUCAAUCUGUAAGGUUACCUCUAGUUUAUGACAUCUGAAGGUAAUUCUUAGACUCCCAGUGCAGAAUCUUACCAGGAAAGGCAGCUGGGUCUGUAUUGCUGAAUAAGUCUUUUGGUGAAGUAGCUCUUCAGCUUUCUGUGUUUUUCCAUCUGUGGAGUUGUAGCACAUUCUUCCAGAGCAGUUUCUCUUUCCUGUAAUGUCUCAUCUAAAGUUGACUUGUUGUUCCUACAGUUUCUGCCUACACUGAAAAAUCUUUCUGAGGUUUGGGGGACCAUGCAUGUGCCCUCACUGUGUGGUGUUUGUGAUGGCUAUUCUUGUAUGACUUGAAGAGAUUUCCUUAGAAAGGAGUAGCUCCAGUUAGGUGCAGACUGGAAAGAUUAAAUUAAUUAUUCUUUGUGCAGUAUGUCUUUAUGGCAGUUCAACAGAGGAACUAACUCCCAUCAGAUAAAGGAGAGGUCUUGGGCAAUACGGCGCAGCUUUGAAAACCCUUGGUGAUUUCUGGUUCUUGCUGAGCUUCUGUGGUGCAGAAAACACUUAAUGAUCUGCAUUACUAUAAUCACAAUACCUUGCAAUGGCAUGGGCUGGGCUGCUGGUAGUAUCACGUAUGUUCUGUGGUCCUUACUGGGAUUCAUGCCACAUGCUGAUUAACAGAAUAAGGGAUUUCCUGUAAAGGCUAAGAAACCCCCCCUGUUGUGUCACCACCAGCAUUUCCAAGCUUUCUUUUUGUCCAAAAGAGGUGUGAGCAAACUGCUGCUUCCUACAGUUCUUCAAUGCAAGCUGGUUCUCCAUAGGCCUUCAGGCAUGGCGCUGAAACUUCCUCCUUCAGGGUAGCUCUUCAAAAUCAAAAGUGGAAGCAGAGCAGUUCAAACUGGGCUUUGCUCUUCCAGCAGCUGACAUGCAACUAGUUGGUGGGUGGGUGUUUGUCUACAUCCUUUCUUGGGUUUUUUUAAAGUUGGUUUUAUGUGUACAUUCUUAUUCUGCCUUACUAAAUUAGCUGGCACAGAGGAAGCCUCUGAGAAACCCUUUAAAAAUCUCUGCUUUUGGUAGAAUUUUAUAAAAUUGCAGCAUGGGAAUAAAUUAAAAAAUCCCAAUGAAACAAAAAAACCCCAAAAACCCAACAAAACAUAAAGCAAACAAACAAACAACAACAACAACAACAAAAAAAACCAACAAAAAAAACCCACACAAAAGCAACCCUAAACAGACAAUAAAACAAAUAACUCUGUACGGAUAUCAUGGACGUGAUUGAUUUUGGAAAGUCUUCAAACAGGUAUGCUGGCAAGGGCAUUGCACACAGAUGGAGAUAAUAGUGAAACAAAAUUGAGUAGCUACUCAUUUGCUGGAUUUGGUCAGGAGAGAUUUUAAAGGACACUUCUGAGACCUUUUUUCUGAUGUGGUGAUUUUUUAAAAUGUAAACAAGCUACAGGGCUUAACAACUGAGGAUUAUGUCCAUUGUAAUUUUUUUACAUUACUUUUACUAACUGUAUUAUAUUCAAAAUACUUACUUCUCAGACAAAGUGGACAAUACUAGUGGGCAUCUUGCACUUGAUUAAAUGUAAAACAUUUUCUUAAUUUAGUGAUGUGUUUAGGACAAUACUGUAACUUACUGAAUAUACAACAGUGAUAACUGUGUUUACAAUAAUUUUAAAAUUCCUACUGUUCAGUGGUAGCCAACUUGUUUGAGAAUUGAAAGUAAGGCAUACUGCAAUUGGCAAUCUUGGAAAAAUUAACUCAAUGCUGCUACCACUAAAUACUGUGGGAUGGAUACCGUGGGUUUAAAUGGCAGCAGGAUUGUAUUCCAAGCCUCUGUCUUAAGUACUUAAUGACUAAAAGGCGACUUGCCUUGUGCUCAUUUAUGUAUCCCUGUGUGUAGUACAUCAGUUAGAAACCUGUUAAUGAUUGAUUUGUAACAUUAGGACCUUUAUGAAGAUCACAGUGGGGUUUUUGUUUGUUUUUGUUUGUGAGCAGACACUUAGACAUUUUGGAAUGUAUAACAUUGAUCCUUGUGCUGGAAUUGUUUACAUGCAAAACUGUAUUUAUGAUUUUUUGCAAACUGCAAUGUGCAAUUUUGUACAUGUGUUUUAAACUACAGAGUUUAUAAGGAAGAUAUUGUAUGUACAGUACUUGGACAUGAGUAUUAUUUCUUUGAUAUAAAUAUCUAGAGGAAAAUUAAAAUUGCUUUAUAUUCAUA